CUUCAACAUAUAACCUCCAAUCAUUUGCCCCACUCCACUAUAUCAGCCCCGCCUCCAACUCUCCCCCAACAUCCAACCAACCUCGUGCCUGGACCUCUGAUCAUCCAGUUCUUCUUCAGACAACUUGUGUUCUUACGUUCACUAUUCUGCUUCGGCAAUCGCCAUGCCGAGAGAUCCCAACCGCGAGCGAAUCCGUGCCCGCCAAGCCUGCCAAAACUGCCGAAAGAAAAAAGCUCGAUGUCCUUCCGAAAGACCGGCCUGCUCAAGCUGUGUUCGUCUUGGCCGGCGUUGUGUUUAUGAUGAGCCGGCCUCGUCUGAGCGAUUAGCAGAAUUGGAGCAAAAGGUCGACCUGCUUUUGAGCGCCAGCCUGCAAAACCAGGUUUCUAAUGUCGUUGAUGAAAGCCCACCGCGCGAGCCACCGCGGGCAAGUCCACACCGGAACCCAGAUAUCCCAGUCUCACCCCCUCCUCAACAACUCCCCGAAUUCGAUGCUUCAUCUUCGACCAUUCAAGAGUCCGCCAUCUCCCAGGGCAUUGACAUUUACUUCAAGUGGUUUCACCGGCAGCCUAUCUGGUGCUUCGAUUGCCAGGAUCUGAGCAGUUACUCACAGAUCCCUACACAGCUUGCCCAUAGCAUUCUACAGGUUGCCGCGCGCUUCUCACGAACGAAUGAACAACUUCCAGCCUAUGGUGAAAAUGCAAGAUGGUUAAUUAUGCUCCAGAUGGCAAAAGGCACGGUUGAGACUGAAAGUAUUGAAAGCCUCUGUUUACUUUCAUACUCAUCCUUUAUUGAUGGCAAUAUGCACCUGGGCCAAUUUUAUCUUGGCCUUGGUCUUCAACUCUGCCGGUCACAGAAGCUGGAUAAUCCAUCGGUCCUAGACAGCGAAGGUCCGACCACGGAGCGCGAAAAGAGGGUACUCUGGAGUCUUCAGCUUUUAGAGUGGCUCUACGGUGACCAGUGUGGCAUUCUCCGGGCACCAAUAAACGUUCUGCGUCCAUUCUUUGUUACACACGACAGAGACAUGGCGUUCCCAAAAGACCCUGCCGGGGGUUCCGCAAUAUCAGGCAUCGGGCUUUGGAAUCUAUCUCUCCAUUUUGCAUGGACCUGGGGCAGAGUCAGACAACAUGUGUCUGAGAUGUCUCGAAAACCCUCGUUAGAAGAGCCGUGGCGUCUCGAUUCGACCUACGCGAGCGUCCUUGCAGAUCUGACAGAGAUUGAAAACAAGUCCCCUCUAUGCCACCGAUAUAACAUCGUUAAAUUUCACGAGCGUCCGGUAGACGAAGUCCACCGGGACAGGGAUUACUGGAUACCCUGGCUGAAACUGCAGUUGACCUGGCACUCAGUAUUGGUUAUGCUAAACCAUCCAUUCCUAUACCUCACGGCGUGCGAAUAUGAUUCUAAUCUCGCGACUCCGAAUACGUUCUGGCGAAGGUCAUCAGAACUCGUUCUUCUACAUGCUACGUGGAUUGUCCGCACAAUCGACCUGGCGACAGAGAAGAAACUCAACCUUGUUGAUCCGUUCCUUGGCCAUGCUGCUGCAAUUGCUGCUACAGUCCAUCUUUACUUCUGCGCCGCGGCCGACCUAGGCCUGAGACAAAAGUCCAAGGCGCAUUUCACAAAGUGUAAACAAUUCCUGGAAAGCUUUUCGCCGGUUUCACCUGCGUGCCAACGCUUGGCUGAGUUACUCGAGAAAUUAACCAAAGUAGCACUGGCAUCCCAAGACUGGGAUUCCGAGCAGUCACUCUCGAAAAUACAACUCAGCAUUCCGUUGAUGUGGGCGAUCCUGCAAUUCGACAUUUCCACUUCACCAUCCGACUCUUCCACAUCCUCGAUCUCAAUCGGUAUCACAGAACCAGAGCAAACCGCAAUAAUCGAAAUUGGGACUACCGGAACACCCCCAGCCAUCAAAACAGACCUCUCUCAAGGGCACGAUGCGUCAUUGCCGCCGUAUAAAACCAGUUCAACAAACGGUGGUAUUGGCAGCAUUGGAAAUCCAGGCAGAUUCGCGUUCAACACACCCUGGCUUUGGUCGGACCCGUUUGGAUAUGGCGGUGCUGAGGAUCUUCUUUAUUUCACCGGGGUUCCGACCGGAGGUGAUAAUUCGGAUGGACCUUCUACGUCGUGGAAUUUUGGGAAUUUGUAACCUAUGUAUAGGUGCUCUAUCUGAUGAUUUGUGACUGUAGUAUAGAUCCAGCAGAAUGAAAUAGAAUAGUACGUACACUUUCGUAAUAGCUACAAAAACUGCUUUGUUGAUUUUGCAGGAC